CCCUGAUUUCCAUGCCUAGUGAUUUACCGCGCUGUGCUUAGGUUUGAUUGUUCGAACAAUUCUCGGAGGAAUGCUUCCCUGCAUCCACUACACUGCAUGACCAAAAUGGAAAGCCGAGAGAGUCUUUCACGGUUCGCCUCCUUCACUUGUGACUUGGAAGAUGAACCUUUGUCGGAACAAGAUCUACAUGCCAUCCAAGCCAUCGAGGCUCAAUUUCAAUCUUCUCCGCCAAGCAAACGUCCUCUCGAUCCCUCCCAAGAUCACUGCGUUCCAGGCACAUCCACUCCCGCCUGCGAUUCUUCCCGUCGCAUCCGCCGCCGUUUGCCUAAAUCUCUUGUCGCUCUUCAACACCCUCUUCCGUUUUCUUUGUCACCUUGCCAAGGCUAUUCGAAAAUGAGAUUACCUAUAAUGAAGUUUGCUGGCAAAAUCAUGUACAGUAAAACUGCCAAUGGUGUGGAGAAGGCUGCACUGGAGCUCCUAAAUGGGCUGGAUGCUAAGAAAAAAAACAUGGAACAAAUUGUACUUGGGCUUGACAUUGAGUGGAGACCGUCGUUUAGAAGAGGUGUUCCGAAUGGGAAGGUAGCAGUGAUGCAGAUAUGUGAUGACACUGAUCGUUGUCAUGUUCUACAUAUAAUCCAUUCUGGAAUCCCACCAAGUCUUAAGCUUUUGCUUGAAGACCCUACAAUUUUGAAGGCUGGGGUUGGCAUUGGCGGUGAUGCUCGCAAGUUUUUUAAAGAUUAUGAAAUAUCUAUCAAAGGUGUAGAAGAUCUUUCUUUUCUUGCAAAACAGAAGCUAGUUGGAGAUAUUCAGAGCUUUGGUCUUACAUCAUUGACUGAGAAACUAUUAUCCAAACAGCUGAAGAAACCCUCCAAAAUAAGACUGGGAAAUUGGGAAGCUCUUCCGUUAUCGGAGCAGCAACUAGAUUAUGCUGCCAUUGAUGCUUAUGUCUCUUGGUAUCUCUAUCAGGUGAUUAAGGAACUCCCGGAUCACCAACUAGCUGCUGUUGAGGGGAGAGUUGAAGAUAUAAAGCAACAAUGAAACGAAAUUGUUUGAUCAUCAUUACACAUUCCAUUCAGUAUUAAUUUAUAAACGUAUAGAAAAUAUCCCAUUUUGGAGACAUUUCUCAGCUAAUUGAAAUCGAAAUAGCCGUUACAUGUGGCUAUAUGUAUUUGUCUGUUCAGUUAAGAUCUCAUGUGAAUUACUUUUAUGGAAAGCAAAUAAUUUGGAAAAAAAUACCCA